AUGUCUGCCCUGCACCAAUACGACUACAUCUUUGCCAUCACCUCUGUACUCGCGGCGUUGGACGCCUGGAACAUCGGUGCCAACGAUGUCGCCAACGCGUUUGCGUCGUCGGUCUCUUCGAGAUCGCUGACGCUCAAGCAAGCCAUGGCGCUGGCGUCGGUGUGCGAAUUCUCCGGCAGCGUUACGGUGGGAAGCCGGGUGACGGAAAUGGUUCGCAAGGCCAUCGUCAAUCCUCACCACUUCGACGAUGCGCCGGCUGUCCUCCUCUUGGCCAUGAUGUGCACCAUCAUGUCCUCCUCGAUCUUCCUCACCGUUGCCACGAGAAAGGGGAUGCCCGUCAUGCCCACGCACUCGCUCCUCGGCGGCCUGAUUGGCUCGGGCAUAGCUUCCAUCGGCGUCUCCAAGAUCAACUGGGGCUGGACUGGGGUGUCGCGGGUCAUAGCCGCGUGGGUCAUUUCUCCCGGCUUCGCUGGCCUCUUGGGCGCAGCCCUCUUUCUCUUCACCAGGACAGCUGUCCUCUGCAAGGCGGGGGCAGUCAAGCGGGCCUUUUUCUCGAUUCCCUUUUACUCCUUCAUCACCUUUGGCGCGCUGGCAACGCUUGUGGUAUGGGAAGGCAUGUACCUUGGCACCGUACCGACCAAGAUUGUGCUCAUUUCUAUCUUUGCGGCGGCUACAGGAGGCGUAUUGCUUGAGAGCUUCUUCGUCAUGCCUUGGCUCUGGGCGAGAGUCGUGCGAGACGAUUGGACCUUGAAGGGGUACCACGCCUUCCAGGGACCUUUUCUUCUUUGGCGCCGACCUCCGCCACCUACGCCUCGAGGGGCCAUCAAGCCUCACAUCACCGACUUUUACCGAGGCCAUCUUACCCCGGAGGAGCUACAAUUUGUCCGCGCCUCGGAGAAGCUGUUGCAGUCGGUGCAGACGUCUGACGGCAAGCCGCCCCCGACACACGACGACGAUGAGGAGCCGAUCCUGCCGCCGCCCGCGCAGUCUCCGCCACCCGGGUGGGUAUCACGCCUGGACCCCGAAUCCGAGGCCUUGACCCCCCCUCGGCCGCCGGGAUCAGGGACCAGCUGGCCAGUCAUUAGAUGGAGAAUUGGCCGAAUUUUCCUCAGGGGGGUGGAAAGGGAUGUCAUUAGCAUGCAGAAGUGCAACGCGUUGCUGGAGUGGGACAUUGCCGACAUGCAUUCACGGGCCCGUCGAUACGACAACCGCGCCGAGUACAUGUUUUCCACCCUGCAGGUCAUCACGGCGGCCGCCACCUCGUUUACGCACGGGGCCAACGACGUGUCCAACGCCAUUGCGCCCUUUUCCGUGGCCUACGAGGUGUGGUCGGAGGGCCGCGUGCCCGAGAUGACAAAUGUGCCCAUCUGGCAGCUCUGCUUCGGCGGCGCGGUGAUUGUGCUCGGCUUGCUAACCUUUGGCUACCACGUGAUGCGCACGUUGGGCAACCGGCUGACGCUCGUCUCGCCCAGCCGCGGCUUCUGCAUGGAGCUUGCCUCGGCCAUCACGGUGCUCGUGGCGACGAGGCUGCGGCUGCCCGUGUCGACGACGCAGUGCAUUGUGGGGGCCACCGUCGGGGUUGGCCUGGCCAACGGCGACUGGCGGUGCAUCAAUCUGAAGCUCACGGGCCAGAUCUACUUGGGGUGGCUCGUCACAUUGCCCGUGACGGGUUUUGUUUCGUGGUGCCUGAUGGGGAUGCUGUUAAAUGCACCGUCGUGGCCGGGGGCGUAA